UACGAGAAAACAAUCAAGCGGACAAAGGCGAAUAGUUCACGGUACGAUCGCGCUAGUAUGCUAGUACCAUCGACAAACAAAUUCCUAGCUGCUCCUGCGAGAGUUUGGCAUCGUUUUACUGCGUACAGCGUGUCGUUUAUCCGUGUUCUGCCGUGAUUAAAGUGCAAUUUUUUGGGUGUCAGUCACGCUCAGUGGCGCUUUUUUUGUGGCCGAAGACAUGCUAGAUUUUCGGUCAAAUUGCAACAGCAAAGUCGCGUCAGCCAGAAAGUGUGCACAAUAUGGUCGAUUUCUAAUGUAAACAGCCUUGUUAUUGCCGACAAGUAAGCAGCUUUCACAGGACAACUGAUUGGCAACAUGAACUUUGGAGCCUCAACAUUUACCCUACUAGUCCUUCUAGUCGCUUCAAUCGCUCAGACACUGAGCAUCGACUGCUCAAUUUUCGGCAGAAAUAUGUGCCUGUGCCAGCAUCUGGAAACGGAGCUUCUCCAGUGCCCGCCUGCUGAACCAAAAAUCAUCAUCUCCAUCUCGGAUAAGCAGCACAUUACUGUGCAGUGCCAGGAUGAGGUCACACCCAAUCUGGAUCUGGAUCUCUUUCCUGAUCUCAACAUCACGCAAUGCCAACAGUUCAAAUUGGAGUACUGCUAUCCGGAGAACGGCUUUGACGGUGUGAGGAAAAAGUUUGGUGUCCAGAACCUCACGGUGCUUGAGCUGGAAAGCAUGGCUCCUAAAGAGAAUUCUGCCAGCUUCAGCCUGACCAAAGAUUUCCUUGGCAAUCUCAGCAGUCUGGAAAGCCUUCGCAUCUCCUACAGUCCCAUUAGUUUUGCACCGGAUUUUCUGGCAAAUUUUCCCAAUUUGCUCGCUCUGGUGAUUUACAAGAGCGAAAUCAGCCAGUUGCAUCGGCAUUUCGACUACGUCCCCAAACUCACACUGCUCGAUUUGGCUUCGAACCAAAUCAGCGCCCUGCCCGACGGCGUUUUCCGCUCACUGACCAACUUGAGCAGGCUCCAGCUGUUCAGCAACAAUAUCAGCUCGAUAUCCAGACGGACUUUCGAAGGGCUGGAAAACGUCAAGCUGCUGGAGCUGAGCUUGAACCACAUCAGCCAAGUGGCUGAGGACAGUUUUGCUGAUUUACCUCUUUUGGUCAAUCUCAGCUUAAGAGGCAACCGAAUCCAGACCAUUGAAAGCAACAUCUUUGCGCACAACUCGCUGCUGGAGAACGUCCGGCUAGGGUCCAAUCCAGGGGUGAUUUUCCAAGACAGGGUGUUUGAGAACUUGACCAAGCUGCUUACGGUGGAACUGAACUCGAAUCGCUUCCAGACUCUACCCGAGGGGACGUUUACCAACUGUCGAGCUCUGAAGGAUAUUAAUUUGAGCAGCAACUUGCUCAGCAGCCUGCCCGAGGGAGUGUUUCGCAACCUCAGAUAUCUGAAGCGACUAAAUUUGUCCUUCAACACCCUCGGCCUCUUGCCCGAUACAUUGUUUGUGUCCUUGGAGAGCUUGGAGCAGCUGGAGCUCAGCCACAACCAGCUGAGCGCUAUCAGUCGCCAGCUGUUCAAGCCUCUGCACGCACUGAAGCAGCUCCACCUGAGCCACAAUCAACUGAGCAUCAUCGAUAAGAACGCCUUUUCCAGCCUGCAAUCCCAGUUCACCGUUUUAGAUCUUUCUUUCAACAAUUGGAACAACAGCUAUGAUGUGCCCGUUGAUAUUUUCCAAGUGACUCCCCUGGCUGAGCUGCUGUAUGUUGAGCAGCUGCUGCUCAGUCACAAUCAGUUGCGCUGGAUUCCUGAUCUGCCUUCCGCUUUGAAGCUGCGCCGGCUGGACCUCAGCUACAACAACAUCAGCAACGUAUCGAUGCAGAGCUUUGCCCACCAUAGGGCGUCCGACCUGGAGAUCGAUCUAACCCACAACCAGAUAGAACAGGUGGACUUUAAACUGGCAGAAACCGCGCUUGUACUGAAUCUGGAAGAGGAUGCCCCCAAGGACCCCAGCAACAUUUUCAAGCUGUCCAACAACCCUCUGGUGUGCGACUGCCGCAACUACGACCUGGCCCGAUUUAGCAACGGCGAGAUGAAGCACAUGAAGUGGGUUAUCCGAAUCGAUCUGGACGACCAGACUUGCGUGGACGACAGCGCCGUGAAAGUAGCCGCGCUCACUCCCAGCAUGGUAAACUGCCCCAUGCCACAGGCAUGCCCUGCACGAUGCAGCUGCGCCUACAAGCCCUUUUUCCGAGCGGCGCUGGUGAAUUGCUCCCACCAAAACCUCAGCUCCUAUCCAGAGUUUGACCUUCAGAGCGAUUACGAUCACCGCUUCAAUCAGACAUGGCUCGAUCUGAGCGGCAACAACUUCACCAAAUCACCUUCGAAAGAAGUGGCCUAUUCCAGCUACUCCAAUGUCACUUGGCUGGAUUUAUCCGCAAAUUCUCUUCAGGGCAUCGACUGGAUUUCUCCGCAGGUGGAGGUCUUGAAUCUUAACAACAACUCCAUACAGAACCUGGACGAAAACGUUGUCGCUCAGUUGAAGAACUGCAGUCGCCUGCGGCUACUGAAGCUGAAAAACAAUCCCUGGAAGUGCAGCUGCCAGUCCCUAGAGCUCCAGAAGUACAUCAUGGAGUACUACCACAAGGUAAAUUCCUCCGAUGUUUACUGCAGCGACUCGCAAAUGCAGCUGGUGAAGCUGACGGAGCUCUGCACAGUCUCCGCUCUGCUCUCAGUGCUGCUCCCGAUCGUCCUCAGCGUCCUGCUGUGCUUCUCCGUAGCUGUCGCGCUCUACUAUCGCUACCAGACGGAAAUCAAGGUCUACCUCUUUGCCAAGAAUCUCUGCCUGUGGUUCGUCACCGAGGAGGAACUGGACAAGAACAAGACCUACGAUGUCUUCGUCAGCUACGCGCACCAGGACGAGAACUUUGUGAUGGAGCACCUGUUGCCCGAGCUGGAGCAGAGGGAGAACCCGUUCAAGGUCUGCAUCCACAUUCGGGAUUGGAUUCCAGGCGAAUUCAUAGCCGAACAAGUGGUGAGCAGUGUCAAAGACUCGCGGCGCACUCUGGUGGUGUUGUCCAACAAUUUCGUGGACAGUGUUUGGGGCAAGUUGGAGUUCAGAACGGCUCACACGGAGGCGAUAACGGAGGGACGCGCGCGCGUAAUUGUGGUCAUCUACGGUGACUUGGACGAGACCAAGCUGGAUGGAGAGUUGAAAAGCUACCUGAAGACUAACACGUACGUGAAAUGGGGCGAUCGCUACUUCUGGAACAAGCUGAGGUAUGCGCUGCCGCAUUCGCACGGCAACUUCUACGAGAAGAACAAGCGACACGCCAACGUGAUGCUGAAGAUCGAUGAUAAAUUUGAGUUAAUCAAGAAUCCGCCCAGUCCCAGUACCACCAGCACGCCGCCCAUCACAUUAGAUCCGGCGCUGCUUCAGAACCAAGUGGGGGCGCUACCGGUGGAGGGCGAAGCCCCGCUAUUGGUCCGGUCUUAGACUCUUCUGGGUGCCAAAACUGUGAUGUUCAAAUUGCCCCACACAAUUGGGGCGAACAAACUAGCUUAAGGGAUGUAAAAUGCUCAUUGACUAGUCGACGCCAUUCUAAUCAACGUUGGAUUACACAAAUCUGUUUAUACAAAGUACAUUCUAUGAAUUCUAUUUUUUUAUGAUUUUCCAGCAGCAGUACCAUUGGCGGAAGACAGUAGGGUCGAUGUUAGAUGUAUCAAAGUACAAUUUGUUAAUAUAUUAAUUGUUAAACUGGCUUUCAAGUCCAAACAGCCGAUUGAAUGUGUUCUGUUUUACCUAUUGUUAAGUACAUGAUAUCAUAUGUUUGUUUUUAUAUUGACUAUAUAUUUUUUAACA